GUUUGUUUGCAAUAUCACCAUACCCGGUAGAUCUUUUGAAAACACCGACGUGACCAAAGGAAGGAAAGAUAUUACCGACACGAUGUCUCGUAAAACAGUGACCCAGAUGUCUGAUGACGUAGGUGCGUUCACUGAUACCCUCUGGAAUGGAACUGUGGCUGUGCGAAACUCAAUCUUGAAUGAUGCCUUUAUCCAGCAUAUAAUUAGCGGGGAUUUUGAUCCAUCCAAAUUCGGAAAAUUUGGUGUACAGAAUACACUUUUUACAUUCAAUACUCAUGGGUUUAUCGAAUUGGCCAAGUCUAAAACUGGGAGUGAUAUACCAAUCCAAACCAUUUUGGAACAGGUGUCUGCGGAGUAUCAGAACUCUUACGCGGCCAUGAAGAUAACAUGGAGUGUUCAAGACACCACUGGAUAUAAUUUAGACCCGGCGACACAGGCCUACGUCAGUCAUGAAAGGACAGUUGCUACUGAUAACACUCCGGUUUACACCCUGGUGGCCGUACUUGCACGUAUGAGGCUUUGGUCUUGGCUAGGAGGGCAUAUGCAAAAAGCAAAUAUGGGCGUAUACAGAAGAUGGGCGACAUUGACCUUUGACCCACAGAACACUGCAUAUGAAGCUGUACAAACUGCUCUAAACGCUGCCUUUGCUAGGAAUAUCAUCGAUCUGCCGACAGCACAGAAUAUAUUUGAUACAAGUAUGCAAUGUGAGAGGGACUUUUUCACAGCAUUUGUCUAGACGGAUACUGACAAUGUAUAUAUCCAGUUUCUUGUUUGCUGUCUCCAACCCAAAACGUGUAAGCUGUUCUUUUAGUUCUUGCUUUUAACGCGUGGAUAAAUAAAUAUUAUUCUUGACUGCCAUAUUGUCAAUAACAUUGGUUAUAUUAUAAGUUACUUCUGCAAUAAAAACGAAUAUUUAAA